CCGGGUCGCGGCGCGGGCCGGGUGGCUCUUAAAGGGGCUGCGGCGCGCGCUUGGCCCGGGCGCUGCGGGCCAGUCAGCGGCCGCAUGAGCCGUGUGCGGUUGGCGCUGUGUCGGGCCUGUCUCGCCCUGGCUGCGGCCCUGGCCGCCCUGCUCCUACUACCGCUACCGUUGCCCCGUGCGCCCCCCGCGGUACCGACCCCCGGCUCCGGCCCCGGCCCCGGACUGCGUGCUUCCCUCGCCCCCGCCCCAGUCCCCAGCCUGCGGCCUGAGGACCUCUUCAUCGCCGUAAAGACCACCCGGAAGAACCACGGACCGCGCCUGGGGCUGCUGCUGCGCACCUGGAUCUCCCGGGCUCGCCGACAGACUUUCAUCUUUACGGAUGGAGACGACCCUGACCUGCAGUUUCAGGGAGGCAGCCACGUCAUCAACACCAACUGCUCGGCGGCGCACACCCGCCAGGCACUGUGCUGCAAGAUGUCGGUGGAGUAUGACAAGUUCCUCGAGUCCAAGCGCAAGUGGUUCUGCCACGUGGACGAUGACAACUACGUGAAUGCCGAGGGCCUGCUGCAGCUGCUGUCUGCCUUCUCCCCCAGCCAGGACAUCUACCUGGGGCGGCCCAGCCUGGACCAUCCCAUCGAGGCUGCCGAGCGGGUCCAGGGAGGUGGCACCGUGACCACUGUCAAGUUCUGGUUUGCUACCGGGGGGGCCGGGUUCUGCCUCAGCCGAGGCCUCGCCCUGAAAAUGAGCCCGUGGGCCAGCCUGGGUAGCUUCAUGAGCACAGCGGAGCGGCUGAGGCUGCCGGACGACUGCACGGUGGGCUACAUCGCGGAGGGGAUGCUGGGGGCACGCCUGCGGCACAGCUCACUCUUCCACUCCCACCUGGAGAACCUGCGCAGGCUGCCGCCCGACACCGUGCUCCAGCAGGUGACCUUGAGCUACGGGGGUCCCGAGAACCCACUUAACGUGGUGAACGUGGCUGGAGCCUUCAGUCUGCAGCAGGACCCCACACGGUUUAAGUCUGUCCACUGCCUUCACUACCCAGACACAGACUGGUGUCCUGCGCAGAAGCGGGGUGACGCUGUCUCUCAGUGACCCUCGCCUGCAAAGUCGAGGGUUGGCUUUUGGGCAGUGCCUGCUCCUUCCGGGCCUCGGUCGACUCCCUUAGGCGCUCACAGCCGCAGCCACACCCAGGAAGUCUGGUUCUGCCCAUGGACAAGGAAGGCCCACCCUGCAGGCCUCCCCACAGCCCCUGGCAGGACUCUGGGGAGUAGGGUCGGUGGUGCCCGCCCUGCCCACAUCAGGUACCAGCCCAGCCCCAGAGGCUCGCCCCACCCCCACCCAGGUCUGAGGCUGGGCGGGGGCUGGUGUCCAGUGCCCAGGACUCUCCCUGCCGGAGAGGUCAGCCCUGGCCAGGCCCUGAGGAGCGGGCUUCAGUCCAGGGUCCUACGUGGAGUUCUUUACAGAGGCCUUAACUCUUCAGGGAAGCUGCCCUCCCCACACCUGUGGCCUCAGGGUAGCACUGCCCCCCACGCCCCCCAUCAGCUUGGGCAUUUCCAUGUAGAGGCCGCCUUGCUGGGGCCCCUUGGCCAAGGCUCCUCUCAGGUUCCUCAGCCAGACCCCUCACCAGAAGCCUCGAAGACACUCCUGUGCCCCGACUCAGUGCCUGUGCUGGCCCUCUGUCCCCGGUUCCAAGUCCAUGAAGCCGGAGCCUUCCGUACGGCCCCUCGGUGGGACAGCCCCGGGCCUGUGCUGACCAGACCCGCCUGCCAGUGCCUUUUGGGGAGGGGACAGUGGUGCAGGCCUGUAGUACCCGCCCCCCGGCCUCUUGCUGUGCUGUUACUAUAAUGAAUAAAAGUGUGAUUGUUCCUUG